UGUUAUCGUCAGCAUGAGGAGCAAUAUUUGUUGCUGUUUUUUGUUAACAAACCGAAAUCUCUAGUAAACCCAGUAGGAUUAAAUUACAAACAGAAUGGCAGGCAACGCCAACAGUGACGACGAGUUCCAGGACGCGAUUGGCGAAGAGAUCACAGAGAAGGAGGCCACCAACAAGCGGCUGAGCGAAAAAGAUGUGGACGAAAUCGUGGAGAAGCAAAGCCAACUGGCAUUGGAUGACGAAGCGGAGGAGGGUGCGGCUGGCGGAGAUGCCAUAGCGAAACCACCGGCCGUGGACUCCGAGCUGACCAUCGAGGAGCUGCGCGAACGGGAGAAGGAUCUCAGUCCCGAGCAGCUGGCGGCGAAUAAGGAGAAGGCAGACAAACUGAAGCUGGAAGGCAACGAGCUGUUCAAGAACGACGAUGCCGUAGGCGCCGCCAAGAUCUACACAGAAGCCCUGGACAUCUGUCCCUCGGAGAGCACCAAGGAACGGGCAGUGCUCUACGGGAACAGGGCUGCAGCCAAGAUUAAGCUGGAGGCCAACAAAGCGGCCAUCGACGACUGCACAAAAGCCAUCGAAUUGUGGCCGGAAUAUGUGAGAGUGCUCCUAAGGCGCGCCAAGCUCUACGAGCAGGACGACAAACUGGACGAGGCUCUGGAGGACUACAAGAAGGUGAUCGAGAUAGAUCCCGGACAGCAAGAGGCUCGUGAGGCUCAGAUCCGCCUUCCACCCCUUAUCACCGAGCGCAACGAGAAGCUCAAGAACGAGAUGAUGUCCAGCCUGAAGGAUCUGGGCAACAUGAUACUCAAACCCUUCGGCCUGUCCACACAGAAUUUCCAAAUGCAACAGGAUCCCAACACGGGCUCGUAUUCCAUAAAUUUUAACCAAAAACCAAGCUAGUUGAAAGAUUUGCAGAAGAAGAAAUAAAGCUGUUUUCGAAGAUAA